ACUCAGUCUUUGACCACCGCCCUCCCCGCUCCGUCCCGACCCGCCCACACCCACGCUACUGCUACCGCUGCCCCGGCCGCCGCCGCACCUUCUCGGCCGGCCGGCGGCGAGCUCAGCGCGGCGGGCCGGCGGCAUGGCUGUGUCCUGGAGGAGCUGGCUGGCCAACGAAGGGGUUAAACACCUCUGCCUGCUUAUCUGGCUUUCCCUGAACGUCCUACUGUUCUGGAAAUCCUUCCUGAAGUAUAAUCAAGGGCCAGAGUAUCACUACCUCCACCAGAUGCUGGGGGAUUGUGUCUAAGCAGAGCCUCCGCCUCUGUUCUUAACUUCAACUGCAGCCUUAUCCUUUUACCCAUGUGCCGGACACUCCUGGCUUACCUUCGAGGAUCCCAGAAGGUUCCAAGCAGAAGAACCAGAAGAUUGUUGGAUAAAAGCAGAACAUUCCAUAUAACCUGUGGUGUUACCAUCUGUAUUUUCUCAGGUGUGCAUGUGGCUGCCCACCUGGUGAACACCGUCAGCUUCUCAGAGAACUACAGAGAGGAUUUCGUUGAACUGAAUGUAGCAAGAUACCGAGAUGAGGACCCUAGAAAACUUCUCUUCACAAGUGUUCCUGGCCUGACAGGAGUGUUCAUGGUAUUGGUGCUGUUCCUGAUGAUUACAGCUUCCACAUAUGCUAUCCGAGUUUCUAACUAUGACAUCUUCUGGUAUACUCAUAAUCUCUUCUUUGUCUUCUACAUGCUGCUGAUGUUGCAUGUUUCAGGAGGGUUGAUAAAGUAUCAAACUAAUUUAGAUACCCACCCUCCUGGCUGCAUCAAUCUUAAUGGAACCCGCUACCAGAAUAUUCAUUUACUCGAAAAUCUCUCAGAACAUUUUCAUGAAUCUUUCCCUGGAGGGUUUUCAAAACCAGAUGAGGUUACCAGGAACACAUCUGUGAAGAUUUGUAUGGAAGAGCCCAGGUUUCAAGCUAAUUUUCCACAGACUUGGCUUUGGAUUUCUGGAUCUUUGUGCCUGUAUUGUGCUGAAAGACUUUACAGGUGCAUCCGGAGUAAUAAGCCAGUUACCAUCAUCUCAGUCAUAAGCCACCCCUCAGAUGUCAUGGAAAUUCGAAUGGUCAAAGAAAAUUUUAAAGCAAGACCUGGCCAGUAUAUUACUCUGCAUUGUCCCAGUGUGUCUGCAUUAGAAAACCAUCCAUUUACUCUCACAAUGUGUCCUACUGAAACCAAAGCAACAUUUGGGGUCCACCUUAAAAUAGUCGGAGACUGGACAGAACGAUUUCGAGAUUUACUGCUUCCUCCAUCUAGUGAAGACUCUGAGAUUCUGCCCUUCAUUCAGUCUAGAAAAUAUCCCAAGCUAUAUAUUGAUGGUCCAUUUGGAAGUCCAUUUGAGGAAUCGUUGAACUAUGAGGUUAGCCUCUGUGUGGCCGGAGGCAUUGGAGUAACUCCAUUUGCGUCAAUACUCAACACCCUGCUGGAUGACUGGAAACCAUACAAGCUUAGAAGACUGUAUUUUAUUUGGGUAUGCAGAGACAUCCAAUCCUUCCGUUGGUUUGCAGACUUACUCUGUCUGUUGCAUAAUAAGUUUUGGCAAGAGAACAGACCUGACUAUGUCAACAUCCAGCUGUACCUCAGUCAGACAGAUGGGAUACAGAAAAUAAUUGGAGAAAAAUAUCAAGCACUGAAUUCAAGACUUUAUAUUGGACGCCCUCGGUGGAAACUUCUGUUUGAUGAAAUAGCAAAAUGUAACAGAGGGAAAACAGUUGGUGUGUUUUGCUGUGGACCCAGUUCAAUUUCUAAGACUCUUCAUAAACUGAGUAACCAAAACAACUCAUAUGGGACAAGAUUUGAAUACAAUAAAGAAUCUUUCAGCUGAAAACUGCGAUAGACCAGGAUUCUAAAGAAGGAAGGAGUGCAAUUUCUAACACUUUGAAAUUCAAACACCUCUGUCAUGCCAAAGAGUAUCAGGGCUUUCUUAUUUAUGAUUGUUUUAAAUGGAAAUGCAGAGAAUGAGGCAUGGCGACAGGUCACAGCACAUGUUUAAUCUGGAAACCAAAGAGGCCCUAAAGAAUAUUUGAUGUGAUGAUUCACUUUUCAAUGCUAGAAUUAAAACUAUUAGAUCCGCACUGUUGAUUUUUAUGGCAGAUUCAAGAACUCCCUAGUGAGGAGCUACACAUGCUCAUUGUGAGGCUGAUAGCCUUGGUCCUCUUUAAAUUGUUUUUGGGUGAGCAAAUGCAAGAUUGAACAAAAUUAAAAAUUCAUUGAAACACAGAUUACAUAUUCUACAUAAGAAUAACAGUAGUUUUGAUUGAGAAAAGCCCCAGGCAAAUAUAUUUGAUGUUUGAAGAUACAGCACAAGAUUCUCUAUUGAUACGGGUACUUUGUGUCAGUAUCUGAUCUUCCUCACUACUGAUGCUAAUACCUCCCCUUGAUGUCUUUAGACUUUAUGCUGAAUGAAUCUGUUAUAGAUGUUGAUAUAGUAUCUAUUUUUAUAUAUUUCUUUCUUUUUUCUCUCUCUAGGAAAACCUUCCCUCCCUUGCCAUGCAUUAGGCACAAUUAUUUAAUCAGUUGUUUUUACCCUCAAUUUAUUUCAUUAAUUACUAUUUCAUAGUAACAAGGAGAUGUUAUUACUAUAAAUUAUAAAGGGAUAUAU